GGACGACAGAACAAACACACCGGCUCCUUCAACAUCCCCAUUACGCCCCAGGCCUGUCACCACCCCGCGUCUAUAGAAAGCCAUGUCCUUGACAGUCCACCACCUGCACAUCUCGCAAUCGGAGCGGAUCGUGUGGCUGUGCGAGGAGCUGGGGAUCCCGUACACGCUCCAGACGUACACGCGGGACCCGAUCCUGGCGCCCGCGGCGCUGGCGGCGCUGACGCCCCAGAAGUCCGCGCCGGUGAUGACGGCGACCAACCGCGUGACGGGCGCCGAGUUCAGCAUGUCCGAGUCGGGCGCGAUCGCGGCGUACAUCGACGGGGUGUUUGGGGACGGGCGGCUGUCCCUGGGGCCCACGCACGAGAACUACGCCGACUUCCUGUUCUGGUUCCACCACGCGAACGCCACGCUGGGCGCCGCCUUCUUCCGCGCCAUGACCGCGACGCUGCUCCGGCCCGCGCCCGACAACACCUUCGCGCAGUCGAUCCGCCCGGCGCUGCACAAGCACCUCGCCGCCGUGGACGCAAGGCUGGCGGCCACGGGCGCCUUCCUCGCCGGCGACCGCCUCACCCUCGCGGACAUCAUGACCGUCUGGUCCCUCACCACGGGGCGCCAGUGGAGUCCCACCGACCUCUCCGCGUAUCCGGCCAUCCUGGCGUAUCUGCAGCGUAUCGCGGCCAGGGAGGCGUACCAGCGCGCGGUCGAGAAGGCGGAGCCCGGCUUGGACUGGAGGCGGGGUUUGACGGCGGAGGGCCCGGAGGUUUUCCCGCCUUACGCGCAGAUGUUGGGCCAGAUGGGGAUCGACGUUGCCCAGUUGAAGAACUGAGUUUGGAGGGAGGUGAAAACUGGCCAGGCCUGAAAAGGCCAAUGGGUUGCAAUCGGGUGUCGCCUUGGAUCUGAGGUGAGGGAAAAAUGACACGGGGCCCGCGGGUGUGUUGGAAGGACCGCUGUACACUAUACCAUAGCAACGACAGGAAGACAGAACAAAGGGAAGGAAGUAUGGGGAGGCGGGCGUCGAGUGUACACAGAGCAAAGCACAGGGGGACUGUGGAGGAACUCCCUGCUCAGUAGCAUCUCCAGGGGAUCAUUCUACUCCAAAGCCAUUCAUUCAGA